AUGGUAGCUCGUACGGCGGUGGCCUUUGGGCGGAAAGCCAAGGUGGUGCAGCUGCGGAAUGUCCACCCCAAGUUUGUUUUCGGCAGCGGCAAGACGUCCGAGAUGUCUGGUGCCAUUUCCGCAGCAGAUGCGGAUACAAUCUUCGUAAACGCGCCCCUCUCCGGACAGCAGCAAAAAGCCCUUAGUGCCGAGUGGGGCGGUGCGACCGUGCUUGAUCGGUUUGCCGUUAUCCUCGAUAUCUUCGCUGACAGAGCGAGGACGACGGAAGCAAAGCUACAGGUGGAGCUUGCAAUGCUCAAGUACAAAGCAGCCCAUCUCGUGAAGGGCUCGGGCAGUGGCUUCGAUCGCCAGGGCGGUGGCGUCGGGACGAUGGGCGGCAGCGGCGAGAAGGCGAUCGACACGCAGCGCCGGCUGCUGCGGAAUCGCACGGCUGAGGUCCAUCGCCAGCUAAAGGACGUCGAGCGCCGGCGAGGCUUCCAACGUAGCUCUCGGGAUCGAAGGCUUGAGGCGAGCGUGGCUCUCGUGGGCUACACCAACGUGGGCAAGUCUUCGCUCAUGAACCAGCUGGCGCUAGGGCGGCAUAGCACUCGCGGCGUUGGAGGCGGAGGGGGUAAUCGAGAAGGAAGAGGUGGCGAAAGAGGAAGGCGCUUUGAAGGGGCCGGCGGCGGAGCGGGAAAAGGGAAGGGCAUGGUGCAGGCUCGAAACCGGGUGUUUGAUACACUAGACCCGACCGUCCGAUCGGUAACGUUGCCGUCACGCGUAAGAUGUGUCUUGGUUGAUACCGUAGGUUUUAUCCAAGACUUGCCGACGGACCUGGUGCACUCCUUUAAGUCAACGCUCGAGGAAGUCAAGAGCGCGGACGUGCUCUUGCACGUGCGGGACGCCAGCGUAGAGCCCCGCGUGUGCGAGGCCCACCGAAAGGCCGUCCAAGAGACACUGGCGGAGCUAGGUGCCGGGGGCGUCCCGACUCUUGAGGUCUGGAAUAAGGUGGACAAGGAGAGAAGGCUCGACCCUGAAAAUCGUGGUGCUAAUACCGGUGCUGGCCGUAGCGAUGGCGGCGGCAGCUAUAUGAGUCUCCCAUACGAGGCGGAGGCGGAGAAAGCGAACCGACGGACGGAAGGUCCUGCUGGCGAGGGCGGCAGCAGGUUGAGCCAUGCGCGCGAGGGGCGUACUGGGCCGGAUGACGAAGGCGCAAUUCGGGUAUCGGCGGCUUCGGGUCAAGGCCUGGCCCAUCUGCUUGAGAGGAUAGACGCCAUGCUUCACUUGAAUGGAGGCGCGGACGGGGAAGGAAGCGGGAGGAGGUUCUCAACAAAACCGAUCGAUCGGUACGAGUACGUUCGAGUCUUACCGGGGCAGUCACAACAAGGAUACAAGUGA